AUGUCUGGAGAGGACAGCCCUCUCUUCCUCCAUUCCUCUCCGCUGCCUCAUCUUACAAGCAGCCCCGACGACGAAGUCCCAGUCUUGGUGCAGGAAGCGCAGGAGGUGGAAGCCCUGGAACCGGCAUUCGACAGCUUCCUUGCUUCUCACGAUGACGCGUUUUUCGACGUCUUCGAUCGCCAGGUCGACCUGAUCAGAUCGCGUUCGCAGGCGUUCGAAGACGGCCACGUCACCGUCUACGACAAGGCGCUGCUGGUUCUCACCCAGAAUGGAAACUCCCUGAACAACCCGGCGGCCAUCAGGUUCUACUGCCGAGAAUACCUGAACAUCGAAAUCGGCACUCGUGAGGCAACCCAGGAGUGGACAGCAAAACUCCAGCAGACUACGCAAGUGCCAGGGGACUUGCGGCAGGAAUUGGCGGCGGGUAAGACCAGCCUGGCCCAGAAAGACGCUGGGGAAAAGCGUGCCCGAUUGUUACCCGUCGACCCAAAUCUGCGCAAGGACAUGGAGCCCCGACUGGCAGUUCUGUGGACCGUGUAUGAAACUGCUCGAGCAGAGUACCUCGCCGUCAUCGACAAGGACGAUAAUGAACAGACAGCCAAGCGCGCCAAAUUCCUCCGCGACACGGCCGAAAACAUCCUCCUCUACCUCGAGAACCGGGUCGCGGACCCCUUGAUGAUCGCCGAGCUCGAAGGGACAUUCAACCACGCGAAGAACACGGCGGUGUGCCUGUCGGGCGGCAAGAAGCGCAAGUUCGACCCGUCGGAAAUGAACAAGGUCAAGGGAACGCCGUUGGGGCCAAGCCUGCCGUUCAGGAAAGAUAAAUAUCGCUUGAGCGGAGGGCGCCCUGAUGCAGGGGCUUACAAGCAUCAUCAACAUCGUCAACUCCAUCCAGAUGUCUCGAGUGGUUAUGCCGGCGGCGGCGGUGGCAGCGAGAUGAUGACAAGGUCCUACGGAUGGGCCAGCUCUGAUCUUCCGCCCAGCGGACACGGUCACCCCCGUCGGAUCAGAUACUUCAACACCAACCCAUACCAAGACCUCGACGUGCCACCUCUAGGAUAUCCUUCUGCUCCGGCCGCACCGAGCCGAGAUUAUCAACGCAGCUAUGACCAUGUCGAAGGAGAAUAUGGCUCGGGGCUUGGCCCAUACAACGCCGCCGUCUCCAGUGUUCUCCCGACUCGUGGCAUGAGCGGCUCCCGCACGAGAAUUCCAUUCGACGAACGCGGUUCACCAGCCGUGUCCGAAUAUCAAGAGAACAUCAAACACGAGCGUGAGAACAGUCCCACCGUCGCCACCGCUUCACGUCUCCCGCGAAUAACUACCGAGGAGCAGGACGAAGACGAUACUACGACGUCGACCGAGCAUACUCCCGCGACCGAAGCCGUCGUCGUCUCCGCUCGAGGUCGCCCGCGCUCGAUAGAGAAGGAGGGGAAGGGGGGAGGGGGAGGAGGAUGGGGGGGCUACUCCGACAUCGAUCGAGGAGCAUACUCCCGCAACCGCGACCAAGACCGAGAACACCAGCACGACCACCCAGACGAUCACGACCACGAGCAAAUGGACGAUCGUGGCCGUCCCAAGAACCCCCUGCUCGGCCGCGGCGACAGCUCGGCCCACUACAGCAACUACGGCGGCAACAGGCUAGUCGACUCGUACGUGCCGGCGCGCAACGGCAGUCUCGGUCCCGGUCACGGGCGUGUGCGCGGUCGGAGUCAGAGUCAUCGUCGACGUGUUCCGUGA